AUGAAUACAUCAUCAUCGACCGCUACUGCUACUGCAGCCAUCCCACAACAUAGCCACAUCAACGGCCCCAAAGACUCUUCACAUCAAACAUCUUUGACCUCCCCACCUCCUGCCUACACACCGCACACCGCACCAGACCUUGCUCAACUGCGGCAAAUGCGUCAACAAUUCGUCUUAGGCCGUCCAACCAUGGCUGAAGCCAUCAUAUCAGCCAUGGCUACUGAAGAUGAGGAUGACCAGGAGGAAGAGAACAUCUCCCCCAUCAGCCUCCGCAUCAACACCUCUGUCCUCAUCUCCAAGAACAACAACCUCGUGUGCCUCACGGAUACACCCGCCAGCCAUGCCAACGCCAUUGCCAGGGCCGUCGUCAAGGCCAUCCAGGAGAACAGCUCCGGCCAGUGCGGCAUCCCCAUGAUCGACGAAGAUGGCCGGCCUCGCCCCAUCAAGAUUGAGGUUGACGCUGGCAUCACGGUUGAGGGCUCUGGGAACAUCGUUGGUAACGAAGAUAUUGUGAACCAGGUUCUUCAACAGCGCGGGCUUACACGCAAGAGGGGCGCUGAUGAGGAUGAGAAUGAUAUGUCUGCUCCGCCAACGAAGCAACGCCGCGCAAGCAGCAGCAAUUCUCCUUGA